UCAAGAUGAAUUUGCGCCACACUGAAGCGCGUCAUAAGAAUACUGUAGCAUCCGCAGCUCAUGUUACAUUCAUGUCGACUGGAGAUUCAUUUUUAUGCUCAGCGACACAUCUUUAUGAAUUUUCUCACUUAAUUAUUUCUAAUACGAUUGAUCAUUUUCCAUAGGAGCCGUAAUUGCAGCUACCCCAGCAUUGGCCGCUUGCAACGCAGCAUUCGGUGUAUGUGAAGCAGCUUGUGUUGCAGCCAUUGUUGCACCAACACCAUAGAAUGGAACUCCAAUGAAAAUUCGAUUGCAUUUUUUAUACCAAAUUUAUAGUAAUUAUAAACACUCAUUUCUUUCAUUUACCCAUAAAAUUGGAGAAAGCAAUUCAGUUCAAUUUUUUUUCACAAUGAAUGAAAUAUGAAUUGUAUCAAUUGUUUCAAUUUUUGAUAAAUUAAUAUUCACUAAUGAAUCUGACUUUAUUAAAUUCAAACAAGAAUAAAAAAUGUGCUAAAUUUAUUCAAAGAAAUCUUGAAUAAAUAUUUUACGAGGUCGAUGAAAAAAAUACCUUUGUCAUUGUUCCGGAAUUAUAAAUUGUUCCUUGAUACAUCAUCAGUUCCAAAUAAAUCUAAAAUUCAAUUAAUUACACUUGUUCAACCAAAUUGAAAAUUAUUCGGCUAAAGGCAAUAAAUACCGUGCCUAAUUGAUUUUGAUCACCUUGAGGCUCGUUCCGAAUGAACAAACAAAAUUAAUUCGAAUAAAAAACUUUGUUCAGAAUUUUUUUUUCUAUGAGUGUUUAAUACGUCACAAUAUAAAGCUUCAUACUCUUAAAAAAAAAUGCGUUGUUCCUUAGAACUUUUUCUUCUCAUUGAUUUAUUGAACCAUUGAAGUAAAACGUGCGAGUACUCGAACGUAAGUACAUUUACGUCAAUUCGUUGGUAAUAAUAUAUGCGGAAAUCGAACAAACAUUUACUUUCAUUGACAUUGUGACUUCAUUUCAAGAGCUUUGAACAAAUUUUUUUUGUUUGCAAUAUUAAAACUGGAAUUAGAAUUCAAGUAGUAGAGAACCUGAUGCCACCAAAAUUCCAUGCAUAAAUUAAAUUCACGUGAUUUCUUGUUUCUUCUUUCUUUUUUUUUGCUCGCAUUUCUGGAAAUUCUCAAACCAUUUCAACGAAUGAGGUGAAUGUCUGAAUUGUUACUGUCUCGCUUCUUUUUAAGUGUAAAUCUUGUCAAAAUUCAACGUUAUUGCAAAUCGAACUAAUGACGUCGCAUAAUUGAAUUUCGUUCGAUAUUCUCUAUGAAACGACCUUCGCAAUCGACUUUUUAUUUUAUUGAUGCUCUUCCGUAGUGACAAAAAGUGGUUGGGUAAUUUGAGUAACCUCUAUAAGAUGCAUGCCACUUGAUAUGUUGAAACUUACUGUGCACAGAGUAGGGGGUUUUAAAUGACAUUUAACAUAACGCUGAUUUCAUACUAUUGCUUUUUUGAAUUAAAGCAGGGCAAUGCAGAUAAUUACGUUCACUUAAUUUAUUUGCGUCGAGUGUUACUUAAAGAUCGCUAUUGAAUAUGUGAUGUCCAAUAAAAACUUGUUUGUCAAUUCUUUCAAAUUGUGAAAAAGUAACAUGUUACUAGUCGCCUAAUAUGCCGAAAAAUGUGCAAUGGUUAAUUAACCUUCACUGCAUCUACUUCUAAACCAUUAAACCGCUUCAGAACAAGAAGUGAGUAUGCGUUAUCCGAUAUCGAUGCGUUCAUUUCAUAAUGGAUUGGUAGAUUAUAACGAAAGAGAGAGGCAUAUCUAAUAAGUAAACAGAAGAGAGAAAGAACGGAAUAAUUAAUGAGAUAUUCGCUCCUUAUGAUGUGUAUGUCUCUCCUUAUGACGAGCAAAACGUUCAUUAAAUUGUAUGUAAUUGGGAUUUUGUGGCUAAUUGGAUCGUUUUAGUAAUUAUGAUUUAUGCAACCAUUUCAUAAAUGCAUGCAUUCAAAAGAGCUGCCAACUUUCCAAUUACUCUAUAUUUAAGUGUUAUUGCAAGUUUCCAGCGAUGACGUCGCGUCCAAGUGCGAAAAUCCCCAAAAGAGUCACGAAGAUGCCAUGAGUCGGCACCGGAACCAGCGGAGAAAUGGGAAGGUGAAUUUUACGCAGUGAAAGAUGGCCCGAUAUGUGUUCAACGCGAUCCAUUCCGGCGAGAUCAGCAAAUUGAAGGAAACGAAGACUGUUUACAUCUGAAUGUGUAUGCACCACAUUCGUUCGAUAGUAAUAAAACCGAUUUGCCUGUCAUGGUAUUCUUCCACGGCGGUGGAUUUCAAUGUGGUUCAGGCAUUCGUCCGUUUUAUGGACCGGAUCAUUUGCUCGAUCAUGAUGUGAUUUACAUUGGAGCCAAUUUUCGACUCGGUCCGCUCGGUUUUCUCAGCACCGAAACACCGGACUGUCCCGGAAAUUUCGGUCUAAAAGAUCAAGUGUUGGUUUUGAAAUGGAUUCAGAAAAAUAUCAAAGCAUUUGGUGGCGAUCCUAAAAGUGUUACAGUUUUUGGUGAAUCGGCAGGCGGUGCAAGUGCAACCUAUCUGAUGAUGUCACCACUCGCAAAAGGUUUAUUCUCGAAAGCAAUUGCACAGUCCGGAACGAAUUUAGCUGCUUGGUCACAGCCAGCACAUAAGGGGGUUGCAAGUGCUCGUGCCGCUAAACUAGCUGAAUCAUUUAAAUGCUAUGAACCAAAUAAUUGGUCCAACACACUCGACUGUUUGCGACAAGUAUCCGCUGAAAAUAUUACGGCCGCUUUUUAUGAUUUCUUUAUGUGGGAUACUGAUCCAAUGAUUCCAUUCCCACCUGUCGUUGAGCCUGACAUUCCUGGUGCAUUCAUUACAAAACAUCCGCGUGAAGGACACGAUGAAAAUUCGCUGAGCAUUCCAUUCAUGACAGGGUUAACACACGAUGAAGGCGCUAUGAAAUCAGCUCCUUUAUUCAAUUUACCUGGAUUAUUCGAUGACUUUUCGGAAAAUUUGAAUUCCGUACUACCAAUAGCUUUAAAUUAUGAUCACCACGAUUCAUUUGUUCAAGAAUAUAUUACAACGAAAAUCAACGAAUUUUAUUUCGCCAAUAGUUUAUCGAAAGAAAAAGAGAAAAAUGUUACAAAUUUGUUCACCGACGCUUGGUUCCUAGAAGCAAUGGAUCAGUAUUUGGAAUUAAGACUUUCCCAUAAGAAGGUUGCACCAACCUACGUUUAUCUGUUCACGCACAAGGGAUCCGCUAGUUUUACUGAAAUAUUCAAAGGUGGACGUGAAAAUUACUAUGGUGUAAGCCAUGCUGAAGAGCUGCAAUAUUUGUUCCCAAUUGCCGAUGGGCUGUUCAUAAGUGCAUUGCCAACAAAAGAAGACGAACAAGUUCGAAAAGCGAUUACACAGCUAUGGGUGAAUUUUGCUCGAACUGGAAAUCCAACGCCGGAUUCAAGUGACUUACCGAAAUGGGAAAAAGCAAACGGGUUUCCACUGAAAUAUUACCGAAUUGGAAAUACAAACCAUUAUGGCAAACCAUUAUUCGGUAUGGAAGUGGACGGCAUUUUCCACGAUCGUGCAAACUUUUGGCGUGAAAUUGGAGCACAUUUACCAACACGUAGUUUGGAAAAAGACGAAUUGUAAAUAAAUUGAUAGAUUUAAGUAAAAUUUGUUUAACUGAUUGAAUAUUCUACGGAGUACCAUGACUGCAAGAAUAGUUGUACUAUUCUUGCAGUUUAGAACUCUAUCUUAUUCGAUCGUUCCAUUUUUGGAGUGUGUUUGAAUUGUAAAUAAAUGCCUAAACAUGUGAAGCAUACAGAUUUAGUUGGUAGAAUAAACUGCUUACCUAGAUGGUAAUGCCCACAUUUCGAAUCUAAUUGAUUUUUGAGUUAGGUUUGAUUGAACUUGAUUUCAUCAGUUUUGUUACCGAAAAAGGAAUAAAAUGGAGUUUUAUUUAUUUUUUUGCGAAAACUUAUCAAGUAGAACUUUUUUGUAAAGAAAAUACGUUACAUUGUCCAAUGAAUUUAUUGUAUUUAAUUCACGUAAAAUACAUUUUCAAAUUGUACAAAAAUAAUAGCACUAAAUGUUCAUUAAGAAAAAUAAAAAUUGGAUGAUGCACUGUUAUUUAUCUUUUGAUGUAAUUCGAA